AUGGGAAAUUGUUGUAGAAGUGCAUCGUCAUCGGUGUGGGCCGGUGAUGACUGGGGGUCGAUGAUACAUGAUAAGCAUCAAGUCACAAAGUUUGAUGAAGCUGAUGACCACGAGGAACAUGGCGCUAGCAUUGGAAGAAGGAGGCCGCUUGACACGAGUCGUUUGUCUUCAGGCUCUACCAGACAGGUGAAGAUCAAGAUUACAAAGAGGGAACUAGAAGAGAUAAUAAUGGCAAGGGUUAACAUGCAGGGGUCAUCCAUGGAAGAAGUCCUGCUGGCUAGGUCGAUAUUAGAGUACUCUAGAAGUGAUCAUGAAUUUGAAAUGGAGCAUCCUCAUGGCGACUGGAAGCCUUCCCUCCAAAGUAUUCCUGAGCUGAAUUAG